AUGUCAUGGGAAAAGAAAGAGAAGCCAAUCUGUGCUCAGCUUUCCACGUCUUUCGAUGUCACGAAAUGCGGACCAGGCCACAUCUUCCACGUUCUACAAUACCACAAAACUCUAGAUCCUACAAUACCACAAAAUAUCAACCAGGCCACAUCUUCCACGUUCUACAAUACCACAAAACUGCACAUCCUACAAUACCACAAAAUAUCAACCAGGUCACAUCUUCCACGUUCUACAAUACCACAAAACUCUACAUCCUACAAUACCACAAAAUAUCAACCAGGCCACAUCUUCCACGUUCUACAAUACCACAAAACUGCACAUCCUACAAUACCACAAAAUAUCAACCAGGUCACAUCUUCCACGUUCUACAAUACCACAAAACUGCACAUCCUACAAUACCACAAAAUAUCAACCAGGUCACAUCUUCCACGUUCUACAAUACCACAAAACUCUACAUCCUACAAUACCACAAAAUAUCAACCAGGUCACAUCUUCCACGUUCUACAAUACCACAAAACUGCACAUCCUACAAUACCACAAAAUAUCAACCAGGUCACAUCUUCCACGUUCUACAAUACCACAAAACUCUACAUCCUACAAUACCACAAAAUAUCAACCAGGUCACAUCUUCCACGUUCUACAAUACCACAAAACUCUACAUCCUACAAUACCACAAAAUAUCAACCAGGUCACAUCUUCCACGUUCUACAAUACCACAAAACUCUACAUCCUACAAUACCACAAAAUAUCAACCAGGCCACAUCUUCCACGUUCUACAAUACCACAGAAUAUUAA